CGGGUCCCGGCGGCGGGCCCGGGCUCCCUCCCGUUGUUAUAGUGACGAACCGAGGCCUUCUCCGUCGCAUCUCCCGGAGGGAGGGGGGAGGGGCAGAGAGAGCAUCCUCCUCCCCAAAUUCCCAAAUCCAAGGGAUUCCCGGCCAGGGAAGAGAAGAAGGGGGGCAGAGGGCCGGGGGUCGACGCCGAGGAAGAGAGACCUCACCCUCCCGAGAGGAGCGACCGGGGAGGCGGGGGCGGCCCCCUCCCCGGCCAUGCCAGUGCUCGUCGGGGCUGCUGAGUCAGAGCCGGGCAUCCCCGCGGCCCCGCUCCAUGAGCCGCCCUCCGGCCCCAUGGAGGAGACCGAGCACUCGUGCCCGCGGCCUCGACGGACGGUGACCGCCCCCGCCCCGUUCGCCGCCGACGGCGGCUGCGGGUGCCGAGCGCCGCACGACAGACUGAGCGUCGCCCAGGCCCGCCGGGGGACCCCAGCCGACAGACCGGUCCGGGUCUACGCCGACGGGAUCUUCGACCUCUUCCACUCGGGUCACGCCCGGGCCCUGAUGCAAGCCAAGGCUCUGUUCCCCAACAGCUACUUGUUGGUGGGAGUGUGCGGCGACGACCUGACCCACAAGUUCAAAGGGUUCACGGUGAUGAACGAGGCGGAGCGCUACGAGGCGCUGAGGCACUGCCGGUACGUGGACGAGGUCAUCCGGGACGCCCCGUGGACGCUCACGCCCGACUUCCUGGACAAGCACAAGAUCGAUUUCGUAGCCCACGACGACAUCCCUUACUCCUCCGCCGGCUCCGACGACGUGUACAAGCACGUGAAGGAAGCAGGCAUGUUCGUGCCCACGCGGCGGACGGAGGGCAUCUCCACGUCGGACAUCAUCACCCGGAUCGUGCGGGACUACGACGUCUACGCCCGGCGCAAUCUGCAGAGAGGCUACACGGCCAAGGAACUCAACGUUAGUUUUAUCAACGAGAACAAGUAUCGCUUUCAGAACCAGGUGGACAAGAUGAAGGAGAAGGUCAAGAACGUGGAGGAGAAAUCCAAGGAGUUCGUCUACAGGGUGGAAGAGAAGAGCCACGACCUCAUCCAGAAGUGGGAGGAGAAAUCCCGAGAGUUCAUCGGGAACUUCCUGGAGCUCUUCGGGCCCGACGGGACGUGGCAGAUGUUCCAGGAGCGGAGCGGUCGCAUGCUGCAAGCCCUGUCCCCGCGCCAGAGUCCGGCCGGCAGCCCCACCCGGGGCCGCUCGCCGUCCCGCUCGCCGUCCCCGACCUCCUCCUGGCCCCCGGCCGCGGCCGCCUCCCCGCCGGCCGCCUCCCCGCCGGCCUCGCCCAAGGCCGCCUCGGCCUCCGUCAGCAGCCUCAGCGACGAGGACGACAAGUGAGGGUCCGGGAGGGCCGCCGGGCCCCGCCGCGCACGGACCCGGACGCGCGCGGGGACGCAUUCGGGGCCGGGCGGGAGGGUUCC